CCUCCUCACUCCCAUUCAUCCCCAUAUCUCCUGCUACAUUGCCAUCUCUCUCUGUCAGUUGUGAAUUAUAUAUAUAUAUACAUAUACACACACACAUUCAGUCUCUCCAUAAACAUCCACAAACACACAAAUCUUUCUCAAAAAAGAGAGAUACCCAAUUCAAAAAAUGGUGUAGAUAGAUGGAGAUUUUGGACUACUCAUCCAAGCACAACUGGAAGAACAAAAACUAGACAUGGUGAUGGUGGUGGUUAGGAGAUGAAGGAGCGUCAAAGGUGGCAGCCAGAAGAAGACGCACUCCUCAGGGCCUACGUGAAGCAAUAUGGCCCCAAAGAAUGGAGCCUCAUCUCCCAACGCAUGGGCAAAGCCCUUGACAGAGACCCCAAAUCAUGCCUCGAGAGAUGGAAAAACUACCUCAAACCAGGCAUCAAGAAAGGCUCUCUCACCCCAGAAGAGCAAACCCUAGUCAUCUCUCUCCAAUCCAAGUACGGCAACAAGUGGAAGAAAAUCGCAUCGGAGGUCCCUGGCCGGACCGCCAAGAGGCUCGGCAAGUGGUGGGAGGUUUUCAAGGAGAAGCAGCUCAAGCAGCUCCAGAAAUCGCAGCAACGCCAGGAUUACGCCGACCCACCGGCGAUUUCUGCCGUCUCCGGUGGUGGGUCGCCGGAAAAAGCCCUCCAGGGGAAGUACGACCACAUACUCGAGACCUUUGCUGAGAAGUACGUCCAGCCGAAGCUUUUUGCAUUUCAGUCCCUCCCUUUGCCCGUAAUGCCGAAUUUAGCCCUGUCCGAAUCGGCUCCUCCGGUUCCGGUUCUUUCUCUCGGCACCGAACCGGUCAAUUCCUCCACCACGCCGUCUUCUGUGCUUCCGUCGUGGAUGAACUCCACGACGUCGUCUCUGUCGUCCUCUUCGUCUACCCCGUCUCCUUCCGUUAGUCUCACACUCUCUCCUUCCGAACCGGCGGUUCUCGAACCGGUUCACCCGGAAAUGGGCUUACCGAGCCGGUUCUUUCCGGUUCAGCAAGUGGGUAAUCUCGUUCAGUACUGUAGAGAGCUUGAAGAAGGAAGACAGAGCUGGUUACAGCACAAGAAGGAAGCUACAUGGAGGCUGAACCGGCUGGAGCAGCAGUUGGAGAGUGAGAAAGCUAGAAAGAGGAGAGAGAAAAUGGAGGAAAUUGAAGGAAAGAUAAGGUGUUUGAGAGAGGAAGAAAUGGCUUUUCUUGGGAGGAUCGAGAGCGAAUACAAAGAGCAACUCAGUGCCCUACAGAGAGAUGCUGAUAGCAAAGAAGCAAAAUUGAUGGAGGCAUGGUGUGGGAAGCAUGUGAAGUUGGCUAGGCUUGUUGAACAGAUUGGCAUCCAUAGUCAUGGGUUCACAUCAGUACCAAAAGAUUUGCACUAAACCAAGCAAUCCAAUCAGUGAAUCAAUGAUAGAUAUAUAACCCAUGUUGAUGUUUCAUAGUUAAUUGUAAUGUGUACUAGUUUGAUGCUUUUAUGAAUGAAAUCAUAUAUAUUAAUGCUGUA